CUCCCACGCUGCUGGAAUUUCGGCCUCAAUCACUGGCACCUCCAGGCCAGCGCCGCGGCCCGCAGCACAGCGUUUGCCAGCGAUCCCCCUAGCAACUAACCCAACAGGAGUUCCAGCAGCCCCAGGCCGCGCCGCUCCGCCCUUUAUGAGCCUGUAGCGAGUCAGGUCAAACACUUCCUUGCAGGAAGUAGAGUAGCGACACACCACACCUCGCCGCUCUCGUGCGGCAGCUGUGGGGCCCCACCUGCAGCUGAAUAAACUCUAGAGACCAGCCGAAUAAUCAGCAGUGUCAUGGACCUGGCCUCUACUAGCGGCGGCGGCGCCCAGGAGGGCGGCGGUGGCAGCGGCGGCGCAGACGGCGCCAGCGGCAGCGGCCUGCCAGAGCCGCAGCAGCACCAGGCCUUCUCCUCUCCCGUCAAGCAGAGGCCCGCGGCCUUCGGGCAGACGCCGCUGAGGAGCCCCAAGGUCGUGUACAGCGACCGCUUCAUUCCUUCCCGCGCCACCUCCUCCCGUCUCGACUUCUCCAUCCUGGACCGCGAGGCGGCGGCCUCCGAGACGCCGCGGCGCACGGCGGAGAAGGAGGAGAGCAACGGCGCGUACAACAUGCUGCUGCGCAGCGAGCUGCUGGGCUGCCCCGCGGCGCCGGUGUCGCCGGAGAAGGGCGCGGGCGCUGCGGGCGUGGCGGGCGUGGCCUCCACCUCAGGCGCCCACCCCGUCUCACCCAGCAAGAGCCCCUCGCGCAAGCUCUUCCGCUACAUGGCCGGCGACGUGGACACGCCCACCGCGGGGCUGCCCACGCAGUCGCCGUACGCGCGGGGCCCCAUCGGCGGCGACGACAGCGUGGCCUCCACCCUGGCCAGCCCCACCCGCAUGCUGCGCAAGAUACCGCGCGCACCCUUCAAGGUGCUGGAUGCCCCCGCCCUGGCCGACGACUACUACCUCAACCUGGUGGACUGGUCGGCGCAGAACACGCUGGCGGUGGGGCUGGGCACCUGCGUGUACCUCUGGUCCGCCUGCACCUCCAAGGUCACGCGGCUGGUGGACUUUGGGGAGGGCGGCGGCGUGUGCAGCGUGUCGUGGAGCCAGCGCGGCUCCUACCUGUCCAUCGGCAGCGACAAGGGCGAGGUGCAGGUCUGGGACACAACCAAGUGCAAGCGGAUACGCACAUUUCCGGGGCACAAGCAGCGCGUGGGGUGCAUGGCGUGGAGCCACCACACGCUGGCCACGGGCAGCCGGGACCGCAGCAUCCUGCUGCGAGAUGUGCGGGCGCCGGAGCCUUAUGUGCAGAAGCUGGGCGGGCACCGGUCAGAGGUCUGCGGCCUGCGCUGGUCCCCCGACGACCGCGAGCUGGCCAGCGGCGGCAACGACAACCAGCUGUUUGUGUGGCACCAGCACAGCGCGCAGCCCGUGCUGCGCUUCUCGGAGCACCAGGCGGCAGUGAAGGCCAUCGCCUGGUCGCCCCACCAGCACGGCCUGCUGGUCAGCGGCGGCGGCACCGCCGACCGCUGCAUCCGCUUCUGGAACACAACCACGGGCCAGGCGCUGCAGUGCAUCGACACGGGCAGCCAGGUGUGCAACCUGUCGUGGUCCAAGAACAUCAACGAGCUGGUCAGCACGCACGGGUACAGCCAGAACCAGAUCAUCGUGUGGCGGUACCCCACCAUGCAGAAGCUGGCCACGCUGACGGGGCACACCAUGCGCGUCCUGUACCUCGCCGUCUCCCCAGACGGCCAGACCAUAGUCACGGGCGCGGGCGACGAGACGCUUCGCUUCUGGAAUGUGUUCCCGGGGCCCAAGGCGCAGGGUUCUGGCAGCGACAGCGGCAUGGGGUCCAUGAUGCGCACCCUGAUCCGGUGACGGGGGCAUGGCGGGGCACGCCCCUGGGUGGGCCGGCCAGCCGGCACUUCUAGCCCCAUCCCAUCCCUUGGGACGGCCAGCCUUGGAGUGCAGCAGCGGCUCGGCGGUAGUUGAUAGCGACGGCGCCCACCACGGCGUCUUGAAAUAGGUAGUCACUCGAACGAGCAGCAUCAGGCAGCAGCGCAGUCGGCUUUGGCGCUGGGCGGGAUGCCAAACAGCACACACAUGCGGCUGUGCACAUUGGCAUCGACCUGGCGGCAGCCUGUUUCUUUCCACCAGCUAAUCCUCUUGACCUGACCCAGCUCCUCCUGCUAUGUACACCCCUGGGAACCUCUCCUCCUCUUGUACCCCUGCGAGUUUGAUUGUUCUCCUGAGUGGCCACAACAUCACAUUCUUUUGCCGGGUAGCGUGCUGGCUCAAUCAAUCUCUCUACCUUCUACCCAUUCUCUUCCCGGAGCUCACAACGAUUGGAUGUACUUGUUUAAUGUAAUGACUGAAAGCGAC